CUUUUGCAACUUUCCCAAGUCUGUGCAUGAGAGGGAGAGGAGGAAAACUCAGAGGGAAGUGGCGUGGCUUCAACAGAGUUUUUUUUGGCCCGUCUUUGUCCCAAAGCCUUUUGCUUGGCCCUGCUGAGACCAUCGCUCUAAGAAGAGACCAGGAGACUGAGCGAGGACUCCCACCCGCCCUCAGAGCGGAGGCCGAGUGCUGCGCAGCCACAGCUGCUCUGAAGCCCCUCCAUGAAUCCCCGGAAGAAGGUGGACCUGAAACUCAUAAUCGUCGGAGCCAUUGGUGUGGGAAAGACCUCCCUCCUUCACCAAUAUGUGCACAAGACGUUUUACGAGGAAUACCAGACCACACUGGGGGCCAGCAUUCUCUCCAAGAUUAUCAUAUUGGGUGACACAACUUUGAAGCUACAGAUCUGGGACACGGGCGGUCAGGAGCGAUUCCGCUCCAUGGUGUCCACGUUCUACAAAGGCUCCGAUGGCUGCAUCCUAGCUUUUGAUGUCACCGACCUGGAGUCUUUUGAAGCCCUGGAUAUCUGGCGGGGUGACGUCCUGGCCAAGAUUGUCCCCAUGGAACAGUCCUACCCCAUGGUGUUGUUGGGGAACAAGAUCGAUCUGGCAGACCGGAAGGUACCCCAGGAAGUAGCUCAAGGCUGGUGUAAAGAGAAAGAUAUUCCUUACUUUGAAGUCAGUGCCAAGAAUGACAUCAACGUGGUGCAAGCCUUUGAGAUGCUGGCCAGUCGGGCUCUGUCAAGGUACCAGAGCAUCUUAGAGAAUCACCUCACAGAAUCCAUCAAACUCUCACCAGACCAGUCAAGGAGCAGAUGCUGCUGACCUCCGGACGCCUGCUCUGGACGCCCAGAAACAGAGCCUGCCCCAGGCCUGGUCAUCCCAGGCUUGAGAACAGAUAACCAUCACCCUCCAGCCCCACUGCCUGCCCAAGCACAGCGCAGGGGACCUAGGCUCUGCUUCAGAGCCCUUGACCCGGUGCUGGGCCCAGAGUCAGAGGGCAGCCCCUGGCUCAGGCUGAGUAUAGUGACAGAGUCUGGGUGAAGCCCGGAAUGUCACGGCCCAACCCUGGCCCUGCAGAAGUCACAGUUUCCACAGUGGCUUCACCUUUCCCCACCCGUCCACCCCUCAAACACUCCCGCUCCAGAACGCGUAUCUCCGCAGACCAGCCACUGACUGGAGUCUGGUUACAUCUUCCUGUGGACAGACCCUCCUCACCCCCUCCCACCUCACACCCCUCAGCCACAAGCAAAGCUUUGGACAAUGGCACAGCUCAGCCUCCCUCAACAAGCAGACUAAGGAGUAAAGCUCUGGACCCCACUUGCUGGGCCUGCCUCACCUCCUGGCAGAAGCUCUCGUGCCUGAGACCCCCUCUGCUCCCUCCAGGGUAGAGGACUGAGGGAGCACAGGAGAAGGCACAAGGGACCCUGGCUCAUUCCUCCUUGCUGGGUGCUCAGGCAACUCACAUAAAUCUGAGUCUCGAUUUGUUUAUCUGUCCUGUGGGGGUGAUAUUUGCCUUGCCUGUAUCACAGUGCAGUUUUGAGACCAGAAGCUGUGCUUAAAUCUAGUAGCUGUUGUUGAUAUGCAUUUAUUUACCUCUUUGACAAGU